CUUUUGAUCUGCAAAAUUCACUUUCAAAAGUCGAAAGUGACAAGAAGAAACAUGGGACAAUUAUGCGUAUAACGGCAGCGAGUACUUCGAGAAAUCAAGUGAAAAAUCCAAAAUCUAGAAAAGUGCAUAUCCCAUUCAACAGAAAUAAAAAAGUGUGUUAUUUCUGUGAGAGGUUUGUUUACAUCGGCACCGUUGUUGUUGUUGUCAGUGAAAGUGAAACCGAAAAGUGUUGGGCGAUUAUCGCGUUGCGCUUGGCGUCGACGUCUUCUUCUCCGUCUUCUACUGCCGGUGCUCGCUCACCAUGUGGAAAAGUGCGAUCGCAAGUGAUUGAAAGUGAUCGCUACCAUUGGUUAUUACCUACCCGGAGAUCGGUAAAAGUCAGCGCGGGAGAUUCCGUACCCCUCGUAUGUUGUGUUUGGAAGAAAGUUGAAUCGCACCCAGAAGAAAACGGAAAUAUUGUUUACCUUCCGAAGCCGUUGGUUUGGGUCGACGUGACGUGAGUGUUGUUAUUAUUAUCUGACGGGAGAGGAAAGUGUGGAAAUAGGUGACCAGCGGAGAAGCCGAUUUUUUGUAUACUUCUGAAGCUGAAUAGUGAAAAGAGAAGCGAGGGAGCUACUGUCCGAACUGCGACUACCCAGCGCGCUAUUAAGCUCCGAGUAAUGCGCUCCAGCUAGCCACGGAGAAUAUGUCAUCCCUGCGGAAGUCGGCCUCAUUCCGGUCGCGGAUUCCGGUUCGACGGACUCGAGUGGCGUCGCGACGGUGCGUGAGUCCUCAACCGUCGACGUCGACGGUGACCAGUACUGGUUCGAUAUAUGACGGUGGUGGAGGAGGAGGUGGUUCAGGUGGUGGCCGCCAAUGGUACGAGCGGCGGUAUUCUUCAUCCAGCUACACGAGCAGCGACGAGAGCCACGACGAAUCGGAAACGGGACCACUUAAGCUGUUGCUCGGACCAAACCACCACGGACCGGAAGGAUGUGGCACGAGCGGCACCAGCAGCGGAAUCAGAGCCCGGUUCAACAAUCUGAGCGUCUCGACGGAUGCCAUCAGCCUGGAUGGGCUUUUGGAUUGCGUGAGCAGCGGAAGCUUUUCCAGCCCGCCGUCGCCCAAGGCCUUACAGGGAGCAGGACACAGACCGAUCGAAGGCGAGGAUGAUUCUGGCAUCUAUCAAAACGACCCCCGUGUUCACCAUCACGGAAUUCCUCCAGCGAACAGCAAAAAAGAUGGCGAAUCUACAUCCUCGUCCUCAUCAUCAUCGUCUUCGCUGGACCGAUUGAAUUACGCUCUCGAAACGCUCAAAAUCAGUGACACGACCUUUCACGACAAGAGCAAACUCCAGUCGCCACUCAAUCAGCAGUACGAGAAUCUUAUUAACGACCAUUCCGCGGAUCCGCUGGAAGACGCCGAUUCCCGGAAACAAAGGAAGCUCUCCGAUUGGUACUACAUCAAGACCAGUCCGACCAAGCACAAGAAAGCUUCCGCCCCGGCCAGUCCCUGUGUCCAAAGGCGGAAUCGACCCGGCGACAGUUCACCUCCUCCACUACCGCUUCCGCAGCUUAUUCCGCCUCCCGGGUCAAGUCAGGGCCAAGUGUUGCUCACAAAAGUUUUAAUUUCCAGUAAAUAUUCUUCCCCGAAUGACGGCCAGGGCCAUUCAAAUUUGCCAAACAGCAAUAAAUUCUCCUCUCCGGUUUUGGGUUCGCGACGAUUCGGCGGAGACCAUGGUUCGCCUCCGAAGCCGAUUCUGCCACCUCAGGCUGCCCCACGGAGGCACUUUCCGGUUGCGGCGACGGUUACAUGUGCUGGUUCGAGUCCCGCCGAAACGACAAUGGCGACCGUGGCAAUAAAUGAUACAAAUCUGUCGGCGGCGGAUCGAAGAAAGUGUUUGAACAAUGCAACCCGAACAGGCAUCUCAACGGGUUCGAGUUACACCCACAUCCCGAACAACGACAUCACCAUCACCAGCACCAGCAGCAGUUUCGAGCACAUCCCGGAGAUUAUCGGCCAUCGAUUUUCGCCGUACUGCCAACGCAAACAACGUCAUGGCAUUUAUGAAAAUUUUCCAGCGAAUCGAACUGUGGCGGCUACCAUUGGAAACGACACAACCGGCAGCCAUAAUCAUAAUCACCAUCGUCAUCGCCCGGAUCAGGAACAGGAGUUUCCGCAGCCGUACGACAUUGUGGAUAUGAGUGUGCUGCAGCAGGACCAACAACAGCAACGCUACAAAAAGGCCGUCAAACGUCCGUUGCCGAGGGUACCGCCGGUUUCGGAACCAGAUCCGAUGCAGUCGAGGCCGCCUCCACCGGUGCCACCGUUGCCAUCGGCUGCUGCCCUCAAAGCGGCCAUUGCCAUCGAGUACGGCGAGGAGGAUGAGGCUGAGGAUGACCGACGCAAGAAGAGUUCAUUGACCAGGUGUUAUCCCACAAAGACGAACCAAAACCAACAACAACAACAGCAGCAGCAGCAACACCAUCAUCACCAGGUCACAACGCCAACCUCGUACCGGACCGAGUACGAGCUGUCCGGUUCGUACGUAUCGCUUGAAUGCCCUUCGCCACCCGGCCCGCCGCAAUGCCUAACGGACAACAACCGACGGGAUCCUCAGGCUCGCCUAGCCCGAGGCCUGCGGAACCUCUAUACCGAGCUUGCCCUCAAAGAACCGGUCCUGCCCACCUGGGUUCAACCGGUGACCCCGGGGCUGCUCUGUCCAGCUCGGCUGGAACCAGAACUAAGACUGCACAUCCAUUCGCAUGGUCUGAACGAGUGCAUCUCGGUCGAUCAGAUUCUGGCCGCCGUUCAGACCAAGGAUGGACCCUUCCUGGAAGCACCCCGCCGGGUACUGAUCGAGUGUCCACCGUGGGUUACGCGUAGUGCACUCGCACUGCGAAUUCUGCACGCAUGGAGCCGGGAACCACCAUGGCCUCCGCGAGGUCAACCUGUAGCGUUAGCACUUUUUAUACCGUUAAACGAACUAAAGGGUUCGUUAGCCAGUUAUGUAGCGAAAGAACUAUUACCUCGGGGUACACAGAAUCCGUUUGCAUCCGGGUUCGGGGGUUUCAAUGCCGCGUGGAACUCGCUGGAGUCGUUGAAGAGCAAACUGCUGAUUGUGUUGGAUGGUUACGAUGUUCAAAGUAAGUCACGUAAGAACAAAUCCGUACAGAAGGACGUCACGGAUCUACUGGAAGGAAGAUUGUUCCCUGAAGCUAGGGUAAUACUGAUCAGUGUGACUUCGUCCUGCGGAGAGUUACUUCCACUGAUGCAGCGUCACAUCACGUUCGAAGGAAUCACUUGGGGUCGAUCGGUUUCCUUAUUAGGUGGAGGUCAAUGGGGAGCUCCAACAAGGUUGAUUGAUUGUGUUCAAGACUGUAGACAUUUACGAAAUAUUGCGAGGACGUCACUCGGAUGCCUAGCCAUAUCGGCUAUCUACGCAGCAAAUGGUGGCGUUCUUCCAACAGACGAAAUCGACGUCAUCGCUUCCGUAUUUAACUGUGUGGCCAACAAUUCUUCCCACACUCAAGUUACUGAGCUCGGCAGGCUAGCUUUGUUCUGUCUCAAAACUAAGCGAUCAACAGUCAGUUCAGCGGAAUUGAAGAUGUACUGCUCUUCUCCGGAAACAAACAUCAUUGGAUGCUUGGAUAAGGCUCCAGUUUUCGGACGAACGUCGCGAAGAAAAUCCGAGUUUUGUUAUACCACCAUCUGCCCCGGAAUUGCAGAGUUCCUAGCUGCUAACUACAUUGUAUCGCUUGCCAGCCGCCCAGGUCUACUCGCAGCUGAAGUAGCUGGACUUGCCAUCGGAGACGAAGUAGAACCAGAAAUUCUCAAAGUCCUAACCUACGCUAUGUCUCUGCUGGGCUCGCGUGCUCAUCUACUACUUUCCAAGCUUACUCCACUUUGGUUAAGCCCUCAGACCAUAUUCUCUCUAGCCCUAGCCGGUGGUGAAACCGAAGCCAACCUCACUGCCCUUUGUGAACUCCUAGGAAUAUCCAAAUCACCUCCGAUACCACCGCUAGAGGCAAAACCCAUCUGGGUGCAAAUCAAGUCUACACCCUCAGAACUGCAAGGUUGGGGCUUAGCGCUCAAAAGCCCUACCUGUACGCUCAAAAACCUAGAACUAGUCUAUCAGAUCGAAAAGAACAUGCUGCUCGAAUCACGGAACGUAAUGGACAUCUUCCUCGAUGCAUUAUCAAAGAACGAGAGUGUUACAACACUCCGAAUAACUUCACUCAUCGAAAACGAAGUUCGUGACUCGGACAUUAAUUAUCUAGCAACUUGCAUAUCCAAAACCGUACUGAAACCAAGACUGGAAAGCUUCGAAGUUAUUUUGACUCUGCUAGAAGAAGAUCCCCCCAUCCUGAAGCUGCAAUCCGUAGUGACAGGGCUGUGUCGAACCAUUCCUCGACAACCGAAACUGAGCAAUCUUAUUCUGGACCUUGGCCUAUGCACUUCGCAACUGGUUCAAAUUUGCUCAAUGCUUGAGAAAUGCCCUCACGUCACAAGACUGUCUUUCCCUCAUCUGCGCUGUGAGCGAGGUGCCGUCGGAGCGCUUGCAAGCCUUUUGAACGCUCGCCCUCUAUCCUAUCUUGCACUAGCCUCCAGCUGGGGCGCACGUGAUGAUCCUCCAUCGUCCAGUGGCGUGAGCAUGGGUUCCGGCUCUGGAAGCAGUUCUGGAAACUCAGGUCUUAUAAAACAAUCUUCCCUCACCGGAGCUCCUUCUCCUCGCUCUUAUCCAACCGGAAUCUUCUCGUCACUGCCCCGAGGCGUACUAAACUCCACAUCGAACAUGGGUCGCUCGGCUACUCUCCCCCGUCAACCUAUGGAAGGACCUCCAGAUAAGCGAAGUACCGAUUCGGUCAUCUCUCGCACAUGGUAUCCGACUCCAGCAUGUGACGGCGGACCUCACAACUCUGGAACACUCCACGAACUCUUACUCGCGGCCCGAGACUCAUACUCCCGUCUACAUGGAUUAGACCUAAGCAAAGCUCAACUAUCGCUCGAGGACUCCAUGUGUCUGGGAGAAACUGUUCGGGUCUCUACCAACCUUCACUCUAUCAAACUGGAAGGUGCUUCACGUCUCAGCGAGAUCCUUCCCACAGUACUUGGAGCAAGCGAAUCACCCAGCUUACAAAUGCUCAGCCUUGGAUCGCCUCGAAUCGCGCUGGAAGAUGCCGCCGUCGGAAUGUCAGCACGUGCCUUGGGUAGUUGCAUCACACUCAGACUUCUCAGUUUGGACGGAUGGAGCUUCAGGAUAGAGAAUGUAGGAACUCUUGCAUCGGUACGGGGCUUCCUAUCGUUGACCUCGAUCCGCGAGCUUGGCCUGAACAACUGUCGUUUGAACAUGUCCAUGUUCAAGAGCGACGUCCAAAUGCCAAGCAGUGCAUACGAAUGCCGUUCGGUCGUAAAUUUGAAGAUGGCAGGGGCUCAGAUGAUCUUCUCUGAUCACGUCUCAAUGAAAGGUCCCCACAUGCUACCGUACUUGACCGGUUUUGUAAAUCUACGAGAGCUGGAUCUUUCGGCACCUUCACGCACCGGUCUUGGUAGUACCACCACUAACCCGUUGAUCCUUUCCGACAAGGACAUGGUCAGUUUCUUCAGCACGCUCAACGCUCAUUUUAGCUCGCUCAACACUCUCAAGAUCUGCAACUGGAUCGUGCAUCUGGACGAUGUAAACCGAACGAUGAAAUCCAUCUCGAAACUGUUCAAAUCGAGCCCGUUGAGUCACGUCAAGAUCGACGGGAUCAUCGUGCUGGAUCGGCCGAAAAAGCAACGGAUCGAGUCGAUGUUUAUGCACGCCCUGCUCGGAUCGCUGCCACAGUUGCGCUGGCUGGGCAUAACCACGGCCGGUAUGAAUGACGAGCAGAUCGGUGCCCUCGGGACGUACUGCGCCGAUAUUCGUGGCAUGGAGAUCGAUAUCAGGUUGUGCGACUCGACGAUCGAAAAUGCAAGAUUAAUGACGCACCCGCUCGGACUGGACGGCAAGUUUGAUAUACGGGUGUCGACGUUCGGGACCUCCAACAGCAUCCUGGUCCACAUCGAGAAGACCUCGACCAAAAGCUUGUCCCGCAAGUGAAAAA